AUGAGGUCAUUUAGAGACCAACCGCUGCCAUGUCAUUUGACAAAAGGUCAAAAAAAAAGAAAGGUGUUGGACAGGGAUUGGAAUGGGAUUGGAUGGGAUGGGAUGGCGCAAAACAUGUGGGAGGCGAUCUCUGGGUUCUUGCUGUAUUUUUGUUUCUCCCUCUCUCUCGGGUAUGUCGUCUUUUCUCCACUGUUUGGUUCUGCAUUUGCCAUUUGUCGCUUGUGUGCUUUCUUUUUUUUUGGUUUGGCAAAUCAUUAUUGGGAGGUCAUUUGGUCCAAGAUACCUCGCGGAGGCUUUGUCCCCGGCUUGUUUUUUUUUGCGCUUGCAUGUGUGUUACGCCUGUCAAGAAGAUCUGUCAUUGGCGGGAGGACCUGGUUUUGUAACUUUUAG